AAAUACCUAACCUUAAUAUUUUAUGUGUCGAGUUUUUUUAUUCUAGAUUUUAAUGUAAAUUAUGAAAAUGUCUACAAAUAGUUUAUUAAAUAAGUGUAAAGUUGCAGUUUGUCAAUUUACAGCUACAAAUAAUAAAUCGAGUAAUUUUGCUAUUGUCAAACGCCUAAUCGAGAAUGCCAAACAGGAAAAUGCACAAAUUGCAUUUUUACCUGAAGCAUGUGAUUAUAUUGCAUCUACGAAAAGUGAAAUUUAUCAAUUAGCUGAAAAUAUUGAUGGUCCAUUAGUAACUGAAUACAGGAAUGUUGCCAAAUGUAAUCAAAUAUGGUUAUCAGUGGGAGGAUUCCAUGAAAGGUGUAGCGAAAAUACAGUAUUCAAUAGCCAUCUGUUAAUUGACGAUUUAGGUAACAUAAGAUCUAUUUAUAGAAAAAUUCAUUUGUUUGAUGUAGAAAUUCCAGAAAAGAAAAUAAGUUUAAAAGAAUCAGAGAUUUGUAAAGGUGGUUUUGAAAUUAUUCCACCAACAAAAACACCUGCAGGAUUAUUAGGACUAGCAAUUUGUUAUGAUUUAAGAUUUCCAGAAUUAAGCUUGAUCCAGACUAAAAUGGGUGCUAAUAUAUUGUCAUUUCCUUCAGCUUUUACAGCUGUGACCGGGGCAGCUCAUUGGGAAAUCCUUUUGAGAGCUAGGGCUAUUGAAAAUCAAUGUUAUGUAAUUGCUGCUGCUCAGUAUGGAGAGCACAAUUCAAAAAGAUCUUCUUAUGGACAUUCACUAAUUAUUGAUCCAUGGGGUAUAGUUAAGGCUGAAUGUCCAAAAUAUAAUACUGAUAUUCCAAAUAAUGAAAGUAUAGCUUUUGCAGAAAUUGAUCUUGAUUAUUUAGAUAAAAUUAAAAGUGAGAUGCCUGUACAACAACACCGUAGAAAUGAUAUUUAUAAUUUAAGUAUAUUAACAUCUAGUACUGAAGUAAAUAUGGAUUAUAAUUUUGCUGACAAAAUUAUUCCUAGUUCUACAGUGUUUUUCCAAUCUAAAUAUUGUUUUGCAUUUACUAAUAUUAGAUGUGUGGUACCAGGUCAUGUUCUUGUAGCAACAAAACGAUGUACACCUAGAUUGUUAGAUUUAAGCCAAGAGGAAAUUGCAGACUUAUUUCAAACUGUGAUUAGAAUUCAGAAAACAAUGGAGAAAGAGCAUAAUGCCGGUUCAUCAACAAUAUGUGUACAAGAUGGACAAUUAGCUGGACAAACAGUUCCUCAUGUUCACGUGCAUAUUUUACCUAGAAAAGAGAAUGAUUUUCAACGAAAUGAUGAUAUUUAUUUAGAAUUAGCAAAACAUGAUAGUGACAAUAAUAUACAACCAUUAAGAGCGCUUCAGGAAAUGACUGAUGAAGCUUCUAAAUUGAAAUCGUAUUUUAAUAUUUAAACUUUUGUUGAAAUUAAAUA